AUGCCUAUAGAUGAAAUCAGCAUCAGCGGUUAUAAGACGGUUGCACGUGUUGACUGCACGGGAUCGGCGAGAAGAGACUGCGGAGCAAGCUUCUUGGUAUCGCAGCAACUGCUGAGUGAUGUCCGUGACCCAGCCUCCAUAAAAAUUGGAGAAAAUGAGGACUGGGUAGAUGCAACUGUUUUAAAACUACGUGAUGUGUUCAUUGCAGGAGCAUACGCAAGUCCCGGAGUAACAAUCGGCACCAUUCGAUCGUUUCUAGAGAGAUGUUCUGCGGAAGAGGGACGGAAACUAAUACUGAGUGAUUCUAAUCACAACAUUACUGAAGCAGCAAAUCCCCGUUUUAAGGAAACGGUGGAAGAAUUUGGGCUGAAAAUUUGGAAUGUAAAUGUGCCCAUACCAAUGAAAAUAUAA